CGAAGCGUAACAAAAAGACGAGGACCGCAUGCUAUGGUUGUUCGGAGAAUUUUCGAAUUCACGAUCUUAAAGUCUUAUGAUUCACAGCAAAUAUAGCAACACUUAUCUCAAGUCGUGUUUCCCAAAGCCACGAAACGUGCAUUGAGUUUGGAGCGAUAUCUGAAGUGAAGAUUGAAGACGUGAUAGAAGAUGGACGACUACUGCUAUGCUAAGAUGGCGACGUCAUGUCAAAGAGAACAUUCCAGCAAAUCACCAACGGAGAUAAAGACGGAAGAUGAAGACGUCCAGCAGCUGAUGGGUCAUCCAGAAGAAGUUUCCCCUCAGUCAGGGGGGAGCUCCACUUUGAAGCAGGAGACUCCACAACCACCCUGCAUUAAAAAGGAAGAGGAGGAACUCUGCAUCACUCAGGAGGGAGAGUGUCUUCUAGGACGAGAGGAAGCUGAUUACACCAAGUUUCCACUGACUGUUGUCUCUGUGAAGACUGAAGAUGAUGAAGAGAAACCACAAGUAGACGAGGUUGAAGUAACUUUGAGCAGGGAUACAGACUGUGAAGGUGAUAUGAGGGCUCACAUUGACAACAAACACUCUGAAUUUUCUUCAAAGAAGAGAGGUAAAACAUGUUUGAGCUGCUCAGUUUGUGCUGAAAGUUUUGCUAAAAAUAGCUCUUUGACUCGACACAUGAGAACACACACAGGUGAAAAACCAUUUAAUUGUUCAGUUUGUGGUAAAAGCUUUUCUCAGAUUAGCUCUGUGACUCAACACAUGAGAACACACACUGGUGAAAAACCAUUUGAUUGUUCAGUUUGUGGCAAAAGCUUUUCUCAAAAUAGCAAUUUGACUCAACACAUGAGAACACACACAGCAGAAAAGACAUUUAAUUGUUCAGUUUGUGGCAAAAGCUUUUUUCAUAUUAGCUCUGUGACUCAACACAUGAGAACACACACGGGAGAAAAACCAUUUAACUGUUCAGUUUGUGGCAAAAGUUUUUCUCAAAAUAGCCAUUUGACUCAACACAUGAGAACACACACAGCAGAAAAGACAUUUAAGUGUUCAGUUUGUGGCAAAAGUUUUUCUCACAAUAGCCAUUUGAUUCAACACAUGAGAACACACACAGGUGAAAAAACAUUUAAGUGUUCAGUUUGUGGCAAAAGCUUUUCUCGAAAUAGCUAUUUGACUGAACAUAUGGGAUUACACACAGGAAAAAAAAAAUUUAGUUGUUCAGUUUGUGGCAGAAGCUGUUCUUAUAAGAGCACUUUGACUAAACACAUGAGAACACACACAGGUGAAAAACCAUUUAAUUGUUCAGUUUGUGGCAUCAGCUUUUCUCAAAAUGGCUCCUUGACUCAACACAUGAGAACACACAGAACAGAAAAAGCAUGUAACUGUUCAAUUUGUGGCAAAAGCUUUUCUCGUAACAGCUCUUUGUCUCGACACAUGAGAAUACACACGGGUGAUAAACCAUUUAGUUGUUCAGUUUGUGGCAAAAGUUUUUCUCAAAAUAGCCAUGCAACUGAACACAUAAGAACACACAGAGCAGAAAAAGCAUUUAAGUGUUCAGUUUGUGGCAAAAGCUUUCCACGUAACAGCUCUUUGAGGCUACACAUUAAAACACACGGUGGAGAAAAACCAUUUAGUUGUUCAGUGUGCUGUAAAAGGUUCCCACAUAAAGCAGAUGCAGUAAAACACAUGAGAACACACAAGGGAAAAUAAGCAAUUGGCUGUUUAGUUUGUGGUAUGUAGCUCAUAUGUGGCGACAUCCACCCUACCCAGGACCUCCUCACUGAACAAUAAGAUAAAUGAUGCUUCAAGUGCUUGGUUACUCCUUCUUCAGUCCAGGGACCUGGGGCCUCACUACGCCUUUUUUCACGGCAAAGUUGAGAUGCAUCAAAACUGACGUUGACGCAUAAGUGAUGCUGGGUAACUGUUCCCACAAUGGAUCACUGUCAUGAGCCGUGGUCGGAUCGUGUUUUGUGUUUUCUGUUUGUUUCUAAAACCCUGAACACUCUUUGUUUGUUUAAUUUUGAACGGGUUUGUGCUGUAAACAAAAGUGUUGUUGUACUUGUUGCAAUGACAAUAAAGACCUACCUACCUACUUA